AUGACAACCUAUUUGGAAUUCAUCCAACAAAAUGAAGAACGAGAUGGAGUCCGAUUUAGUUGGAAUGUUUGGCCAUCGAGUCGAUUGGAAGCUACAAGAAUGGUCGUUCCAGUAGCAGCCUUAUUUACACCACUGAAGGAGAGACCAGAUUUGCCACCCAUUCAAUAUGAACCUGUUCUCUGUAGUAGGACCACUUGCCGUGCAGUCUUGAAUCCUUUAUGUCAAGUGGAUUAUCGAGCAAAACUCUGGGCUUGCAACUUUUGUUAUCAAAGGAAUCAGUUUCCACCGACUUAUGCUGGUAUAUCUGAACUGAAUCAGCCUGCUGAACUUUUACCUCAGUUUUCUAGCAUUGAAUAUGUAGUUCUGCGUGGUCCUCAGAUGCCUUUGAUAUUCCUCUAUGUGGUUGAUACUUGCAUGGAAGAUGAAGAUUUACAAGCCCUGAAAGAAUCUAUGCAGAUGUCACUAAGCCUUUUACCACCUACAGCUUUGGUUGGCUUAAUUACUUUUGGGAGAAUGGUGCAGGUUCAUGAACUUGGAUGUGAGGGCAUUUCAAAAAGCUAUGUCUUCAGAGGAACAAAAGAUCUGUCUGCCAAACAACUUCAGGAAAUGCUGGGGCUCUCUAAGGUACCAGUUACUCAAGCAACACGUGGUCCUCAGGUGCAGCAGCCACCUCCUUCCAAUAGAUUCUUGCAGCCAGUACAGAAGAUAGACAUGAAUCUCACAGACCUUCUGGGAGAACUUCAGCGAGACCCCUGGCCUGUACCACAGGGAAAGAGACCUCUGCGUUCCUCUGGGGUGGCACUUUCCAUAGCUGUAGGACUCCUUGAGUGUACUUUUCCCAACACUGGUGCUCGUAUCAUGAUGUUCAUUGGUGGUCCAGCCACUCAGGGCCCUGGAAUGGUGGUUGGAGAUGAACUGAAGACGCCCAUAAGAUCAUGGCACGACAUUGAAAAAGACAAUGCCAAAUAUGUCAAAAAGGGAACUAAGCAUUUUGAAGCAUUGGCUAAUCGCGCUGCUACCACUGGUCAUGUAAUUGAUAUCUAUGCAUGUGCAUUAGAUCAGACAGGUCUCCUGGAGAUGAAAUGCUGUCCUAACCUUACCGGAGGAUACAUGGUAAUGGGCGACUCUUUCAACACUUCUUUAUUCAAGCAGACCUUUCAAAGAGUUUUUACCAAAGAUAUGCAUGGGCAGUUUAAAAUGGGCUUUGGUGGUACAUUAGAAAUAAAGACCUCAAGGGAAAUAAAGAUUUCAGGAGCUAUUGGACCCUGUGUGUCUCUCAAUUCUAAAGGACCCUGUGUGUCUGAAAAUGAGAUAGGAACAGGUGGCACUUGUCAGUGGAAGAUAUGUGGACUCAGUCCCACUACAACCUUAGCCAUAUAUUUUGAAGUGGUCAAUCAGCAUAAUGCUCCAAUUCCUCAAGGAGGGCGUGGUGCAAUCCAGUUUGUGACUCAGUAUCAGCAUUCAAGUGGGCAGAGACGUAUACGAGUGACCACCAUUGCUAGGAACUGGGCAGAUGCUCAAACUCAGAUCCAAAACAUUGCUGCAUCUUUUGACCAGGAGGCAGCUGCCAUUCUUAUGGCUCGGCUGGCAAUUUAUAGAGCCGAAACUGAAGAAGGUCCAGAUGUGCUUAGAUGGCUAGACAGACAGCUCAUCAGACUGUGUCAGAAGUUUGGCGAGUAUCACAAAGAUGAUCCAAGUUCCUUCAGAUUUUCAGAAACUUUCUCUCUUUAUCCACAGUUUAUGUUUCAUUUAAGAAGAUCUCCUUUCUUGCAAGUUUUUAACAAUAGUCCUGAUGAGAGUUCAUAUUAUCGUCACCACUUUAUGCGUCAAGACUUGACCCAGUCUCUCAUCAUGAUUCAGCCUAUUCUAUAUGCUUAUUCUUUUAGUGGACCACCAGAGCCGGUUCUUCUUGAUAGCAGCAGCAUUCUUGCAGAUCGUAUUCUCCUCAUGGAUACGUUUUUCCAGAUUUUGAUUUAUCAUGGUGAGACCAUAGCUCAGUGGCGCAAGUCAGGAUACCAGGACAUGCCAGAAUAUGAAAAUUUCCGCCACCUUCUGCAAGCCCCAGUGGAUGAUGCCCAGGAAAUCCUUCACUCCAGGUUUCCAAUGCCGAGAUAUAUUGACACUGAACAUGGGGGCAGUCAGGCUCGUUUCCUGCUUUCAAAAGUUAACCCCUCACAGACUCAUAAUAAUAUGUAUGCCUGGGGACAGGAGUCUGGAGCACCGAUUCUUACAGAUGAUGUUAGUUUGCAAGUGUUUAUGGAUCACUUGAAAAAACUUGCUGUGUCGAGUGCUGCUUGA